AUGGCUACCUCUAGACAAGUGUUACUGUUGUACAAGCAGUUGUUGGAAAAAGCGUACAAGUUCGACAACUACAACUUCAGAGAAUAUGCUAAAAGAAAGAUCCAUGACUCUUUCAAGGAACAUAAAGGAUUGUCCGGCCAAGAACAAAUCAACCUGCUCUACAAUAGCGGCAUUGACUCGUUAGCCCAAUUGCAGAGACAGACCAGCAUUUCACAGAUGUAUACUUUUGAAAAGUUAGUGGUUGAACCUUUGGAUAAGCACCAUCAUUAA